AUGGGAAAAUGCCAGAAUCGCUGGCUCCUCGUCGAGUUCAUCCCUUGCACCACACCAGGCCCAGGGAGCACAAACGCGUCGGGCGGGCAGACCUCAUCUGCUGCACUAGGUGCCGGCGACGCCGAGCUGAACAGCAAGCAAAUAUGGUCUGCGCUGAAGCAGAGCGUGAUCACCCACUUCGGUGAUACAGGCUGGGGUGCGGUCGGCGCGUCGCUCAACAUCAAGUACUACUCGCCGCGAACGAACAUGUGUAUCAUCCGUGUUGCGCGCGACCAUCAUCGGAUAGCGUGGGCGAGUGUGACGCUGCUAUCGUCGAUUGAAGGACAGAGGUAUAUCCCGAACGUGGUCCAUGUCGCUGGCACCAUUAAGCAAGCACAGCUUGCCGCCAUCCAACAUAACAGAGAAGUCAUCGCCCGAUAUAGAGCCCUCGCCAGGACGCCAGCUGGAUACCAGGACUCAUUCCAUGAGUAUCUGGACAAGAGCACACAGGAGAUCGAAGCUCUCCGAGACUAG